CGUGACCGGAAGCCGGAAGGAGGCGAGGCGAGAGCUGAGGGGGCUCGACAGGGUCUGCCGUCCCCUCGGCCGGAGGAGGAGGAGGCGCAGCAGCAGCAGCAGCAGCGAAAGCAGCAGAGCCGCGGACGGCCCCCUCCCGCCGCCGCCGCCGCCAUGGGCUGCUGCUACAGCAGCGAGAACGAAGCCUCCGACCAGGGGGAGGAGUCCAAGCCCCUGCUGCCCCCAGCCUCCAGCCCACCCAACAAGUCCAUGAAUGGGAUGGAACCCUGCUGCACUCUGCCUUCAGCCCGGACGGACGAGCAGGCGCUGCUCUCCUCCAUCCUGGCUAAGACAGCCAUCAACAUCAUUGAUGUUUCAGCUGCAGAUCAGCAGCAGAUGGAGCAGCACGAGUACAUGGACCGAGCGCGGCAGUACAGCACCCGGCUGGCCGUGCUGAGCAGCAGCCUCACGCACUGGAAGAAGCUCCCUCUGCUGCCCUCGCUGACCAACCAGCCGCACCAAGUCCUCGCCAGUGACCCCGUGCCCUUCGCAGACCUGCAACAGGUCUCCCGGAUAGCUGCCUAUGCCUUCAGUGCCCUCUCCCAGAUCCGCGUGGAUGCGAAAGAAGAACUGGUGGUGCAGUUUGGGAUCCCCUGAUGCCCAUCCUCUCGCCCGAGUUGGGUUUCCCUCCUCCACUUUUAAUUUCUCUCCUCCCCACCACUGGAUCGACACCGCAGUGGACCUCGUGCACAAGAAGAGACACUGGAUCUGUUAUCUGGCCACAGGGACACUAACGUGUGGACAGCCGAGGCUGACGAGACCCAUCACUUGGCGCCCUCCUCCUCUUCUCCCUGGCUUGGCAAGGCAGUGCCCGGUCGGCCUGGGCCAGGAGGCAGAGAGCGCUCGCUCGGCUCAGCCGCGAGGAGGAAGGUGACUCCGGGACUCACGCCGGGGGAGGAGGGGGGGGCCGUCGGUGGGCUUCAUUUACCUUUGUGGUUGUGGCUCUGGGAUUUUGAAUUUGUGCAGGAGAAGAUGGGAUGGUGGCGGACAAGCAAGCCAGAGGGGGCCCCUCUUGUUCUCCCCCCCCCCCCCUCUGGCUGAGCUGGAUCGUUCCCUUUCAUCACCUGAUCUUUGGAUGUUUUAGAGCAGGGAAGCAGCACUGGUGAAUUAGAGCUUUUUAAGGGGGGGGAAAGCAACACAACCACGGAAGCGAAGCCUUUUGAUCUUAGCAUCCUUCUUGGUCUGUACCCCUCCCCUCUUUUACCUCGCUGAGCUGUCAUUUUAAUUUUUUUUUUGUUGGUUUUGCUAAAGUAGGUUAAGAAAAGUAUAAAUAUAUUCAUCCGAGCAAA